AUGCCUCCUUUGGAUCUGAAGCAAGACGCAGAGAAAGAAACAGCGACGGGACCAACAGAACAAACAAAAGGUUAUUCAGAAACGCUCAAAUCGCCGCAGCACGCGACAGGGCCAGAGUCAAUAGGCUCUCCCUUGACCCAUCCAAAUGGCGUCUCUAUGUUUCCAGAUCUUUCUGCUGCGGAACAGGAGGAACUAUCUCGAGAAGCACUUGACCAAGCCGAAGAAUCCAUCAUUGCCGAUGAUACCGCCGAUAGCAUCGGAUCCGUACAUGGCGAUGACGCUGGGUCUGAUGCCGGCUAUGACAGUGACACUGCCAGCUCAGCAAGCACAUCUGUCAUGUCUUCUGUUCGCGAUUAUAUGUAUGAAAAUGGCCGACGAUACCAUCGAUAUCGCGAAGGCACCUACAACUUCCCCAAUGAUGACGUGGAGCAAGAGAGGGAGGAUAUGAAGCACGCCAUGGUCAAGCUGCUUUGUAGCCAAAAGUUGCAUUUUGCCCCCAUCGGUGACAACCCGCAAGAAAUUCUCGAUAUUGGAACUGGGACAGGAAUUUGGUCAAUUGAAAUGGGAGACAAAUACUUAAGCGCCCAUAUACUUGGAAUCGACUUAUCGCCUAUUCAGCCAGAUUGGCUGCCGCCCAAUGUUCGAUUCAUGAUAGACGACGUGGAAUCGCCGUGGUUGCACCCCCGCAACCACUUCGACUACAUCCAUUCUCGACAUACAGUGAUGGCUGUUAGAGAUUGGAUGAAGCUAUUUCGAAGGGCUAUCGAACAUCUCAAAAUUGGCGGUUGGAUUGAGCUCCAAGAAAUCCACCACACCCCCAAAAGUGCCCUGCCAGAUGGAAAUGGCGAGAUGCCUCCAGAUCAUCCUGUUACGCGUUACUGGAAACACGUAUCAGAAGGAUUAGCAGCCCUUGGCAUCGAUUUGGAUACCGCGUCAAAUGGUAGAAUAUCUGACAUGAUGCAGGCCGCAGGCUUCACCAAUGUUACGGAGCGGGUGCUGCAUGUGCCCAUCGGGACUUGGCCCAAGAAUAAAGUCCUCAAGACGGUCGGCCUCUACUGGCGGACUAUCCUUUUGGAUGGGAUUCAGGCAAUUGCUCUGGGGCCGUUGACGCGGGGCCUGGGAUGGAAUCGAGACCAAGUGGAAGUGCUGCUGAUGGAAGUCCGGCAGGCCUAUUUUGACGAUUCUAAGCUCAUGUACAUGCCUUUUCAUGUUAUUUAUGGGCAGAGGCCAUGA